UGAUGAUGAUGAUGAAGAUGAUGACGAUGAAAAAGAAGAUGAAGAAGUAGAAGAUGAUAAAAAAGACAAAGAAGGGCUCAGUAUGCAAGUUAUGCCUCCGCUUCACUUAGCCCUGGCAUUGAACCGGAGAAAGGUGGUGAAAUUGCUGCUGAAAAACGGCGCCGAUCCAAAUCUAGCCACUGCUGAGGGAGUGACACCUCUGCACCUCGUUUCCUGGUCAAGCGACCGCGUGGCUAAACUUUUUUUCGCGAUCAACUACGACAAGGGACAGACCUUGCUUAUCAACGCUCGAGGCAAGAAUGGCAAUACUCCGCUGCACUGGGCUCUGUCUCAUGGCCACAGAACCAUGACCAAGUGGCUGCUAGAAAGGCGGCUCAUCGAUCUAGAGUCGAGGAACUGUUUGGGAUCGACGCCUCUGCACAUGAUUUCCAAGAGAACAACGGAAGACGACACGAUGGAGCUAUUCUUCGAGAUGCUCGCUGUAGUUCGGAAGAAGACGGUGAACGUCGACGCCCGAGACGAGAGGGGUAGAACCCCACUGCACUACUCGCUGAAAAACUGCCAUCGACUCUCGACCAAGACGCUGCUGAUGAACGGAGCCGAUCCCAAUGCGACCGACGAGGAAGGAUCGACGGCUCUGCAUUUGAUUUGCAAGCGUAAAUACAGCUUUACCCAUGAAACGGCGGAGGUAUUCUUCGAGGUCAACGACGAAAUCGGACGGACGGUGUCGAUCGACGCUCGAGACAAGAAAGGCAAUACUCCGCUACACAUAGCUCUAUUUUGUAAACACGAAGAUAUGAUCCAGGUGCUGCUGAAAAACGGAGCCGAUCCUAAUUUGGCCAACGAGGAAGGAUUGACUCCUCUCCACAUUAUUUCCAAGAGAGACGAGGACGACGGCUCAAUGAAGUUAUUCUUCGAGAUCAUCGAUGACGUUCAAAAGACGGUGCAGGUCGACGCUGUGGACAAGUCGGGCCGUACACCCCUUCAAUGGGCCGUGGCGAGUUUAUUACCGAGCACGAUCGACGUUCUCUUGGACAACGGUGCUGAUCUGUCGCGGCUGAACUUCGUUUUUCCCACCGUCGGUCACUUCGACAAGAAAUAUAAACUUCGAAAUCGUAAUCGUACUAUUUGGUUCAAAUUGAAAUUCGCGUACGACACUAUGGCCGUUGUCGAGCGGUUGGAAAAAAGAGGAUACGAGCUGGACCGAAGCGGCGCCAUGACGAUCAUGAACGCAUUCGUUAAGCACGAAAUUUUCAAAAGGACGGCGAAUUUCGACGAAAGUCGAUACGACGACGAGGAAUUCGUGAAAGAAGCCAAAGAAAUUAUGAUAAAGCCGAGUCUAUCCCUCUACGACCUGAUUCGGCAACGACCAGAAGAAUCAAUCACUUUAAAUGAAAUGCAUGAAUUCUUGAAGACAUCAACAUAUUACCGAUUUACUAAAAUUUAUCACGAUGCGUGUGAUCCGUACCUGUGCGAGAUACCAACGAGAAGAUUUUUCCAAAAGUGGGCACCGGAUUGUCUACGGGAGCUGAUGAACUCAGCUAAUCACUUUAACGCAGAUUUGUGGCGUAUUUGUUUGGCAGCUACAGGCCGAACCGAGGCUCAAAGUAUCGAAUUAAUUGCCUAAUUUUUUUUAAAGCAAAUUUGUUUGCAUAUGAAUCAUAAAAAUGUCGUUUUAUUUCCACUCCUCUUAUUGUGUGUGAAGAUUCUCGACAUUGAAAAGAAAUAAGAAGUCAAGAAAUAAAAAAUUAUGGGUUCACUCGACUGACACGAAUAAUUCAUAAAAUUACGAGAGAUCACGGAUCUUGAUGACUAUUGGUCGUUCAAAUCAGACUGUGAAUAAUGAAAGUAUUAAGUAUUGUACGAGUUUCGAACAAUCAUAUUCUCGCAGUAAAUAAAAAUAAUUAAGAUUAAAA